AUGAGCACCGAGGACAGCUUUGUGCAGGUCUUUGCAAGCUUAGGCUUGAACGACACCUUUGGUCCGGGUCCUGGGGUUGCCAGGCUGCCGACGUCUUCUGCUAAUGGGGCACCAUUAGCAGCAAGGAAGCAAGUCCAGCUGCAUCAUCCCUCUGCAGCAAGCGCAAUCAAAGCCAACAAGGACGUGACCUUGUGGUUGCAGCAGAAUCGGCCUGAUGUGCUUGCACAGAUGGCACAACAAGGCAAUCAUGCCAACAUGGGCAUGUUGCCAGCAAAUGUCGCACCUCCAAUUCCUGGAGUUCCUGUUAACUUCGUUGCUCCGCAAGCACCAAUGGUGCGACACUAUGGUGGUCUUGCUAAAAAGUUGAAGCACUGGAAUUUGCAAAUGACCCAGCAAAUGAUCGACGCCAACGAGCAGCUCUUCAGCGCCGACCAGGAGCUUCGUUCAGCAAAUCAGCAAGUUUCUGACUUGAAGUAUCAGCUUGUCGCGCAGAAUGGGCUUCAGCGACGGCAGAACCAGAAGUCGAGCACAGCUUUCUCGGCCAGUGUUGCAUACGUCAAAAGCCCGAGUCACGAUCUUUCUGCGAAGCGGUUUGCAGUCCGCUCAAAUGAGCCCACUCUGGUGGCCCCUUCACCCACGAGAAGCAUUUCAGCAAGCUCUUCUGGCCCACCGGCCACACGUACCACACCCUAUCUUCCUUCAACACCGAACCAACAUGCGGGCAAGCGACAUCAUCGCACCGCAACCCCAGAGCAGCGUGAGAUCCGCUCCAUCAUGCAAGCGCCAGUAUACACGCUCGGUAUGGACCCUCAAACCGACCGUGGCCUACUCAGCGACUUCUUUGAGGCGAUCAAGAACUGGGCUUCUGAUUACACCGUCCACCUCUGUACCCUUUCAGCUGAGCAACUCCACAACCUCGCCGUCCACAGCGCAAUUGCUAGCGGUCUCGGCCCGCCAUCCAAGCUCAUGAUGCUCGUAACAGAAAAGGAUAUGCUCAUCGCCAUGGUCACCGCAGUCGUCAGCCGCUACAUCUUCGCCCGUACCAUUGACGAACACGGUCUAUACCUCAGCGGCCACGCCAACGCGCAGAUCACAGAGCAGCUCGCAUACGAGUGGACGCAACUAUUGCCAUCAGAGCAUGAGAAGAAAGAUGAACUUCUGCAGCGCCAGAGAGCCAUCUACACCGCCAUCAAAGCCCAGUCCGACCACAAGUCCUGGCGUACUACGUGUGCUCAGAUCUUCACUGACUCUCUCCUCUCUUCUCUGGACGGCCUUCUCACCAGGACCCUCCCUCCCCACGUACUCAAGUACCGCGCACAUGUCAUCCAAGAACUCUUCGUCAAGGGCUACCGUAUCGGCUUCCGUCUCCGCAUGGCUGCUGUGCGUUGGGACUUCCAUUGGCCACUUCACGGCGCGACAUUCGGUGGCAGCACGAUGGUCAAUGAGUCAAGGAUGCUGUAUGGAGAUGUGAUGAGGACCAUGAGAGAGGUAAUAGCGAACGAGGAAGAGCAUGUGGUUAGGUUUUCGAUCAGCCCGACGAUCAGGAAGAAGGAUUGGGGCGUUGGAGGCGGCGGCGCGGCACAGGUAGUCCACUCAGGAUUGGUACUACUUACGAGGCGUGGAUGGUUGUGA